UAAUAUAGAACACCAUAAGAGAGAGAGAGAUGAAGAUCAAUAAUUCUUUCACAUGUAUGUCCCACUUCCAAUCUUAUCUUUUCCUCCAUCUCCAUUGACUUGCCCUCUCUAUAGACUAUAAAUACAACCUACUCGAACCCCAAUUUUACCCCCAACAAACAACGCUCUAAUUCCACACCUGUUUCUCGCUCUUUAAUUUUGAUCUUUUUAUGUAAAACACACGCAUAGAUAUAUAUCUAUUUGAAUGGCUGCGAUGACAAUGGACCCAAAUCUGAGCCUCCAAAUGAGAAGAAAAGCUUCGCAACACCAACUUCAAGUAGUCGACGAAAUUGAGGGGCUCAUUAAGGUAUACAACGACGGCCACGUGGAGAGGCCCGACAUCGUGCCAAAUGUCGGCUGCUCAUUGGCCCCAGACCUCGGGGUCACGUGCCGCGACACGAUCGUCGACAAGUACACCAACAUCUGGGCACGUAUCUACGUCCCAACCGCUGCCAACAAACUGCCCUUGCUCCUCUACUUCCACGGCGGCGGAUUCUGCGUCGGCGCCGCAUCCUGGAGCUGCUACCACGACUACCUCGCCAAGCUCGCCGCCAUAGCCGGCUGCGCCGUCGUCUCGGUCAACUACAGGCUUGCGCCGGAGCACCCCCUCCCCGCGGCCUACGACGAUGGCGUCAAGGCCGCCGUCUGGGCCAAGCAGCAGGAGUUCACCGGCGCCAGCGAGUGGUGGGCCGGGAAAUGCGACUUCUCCAGAAUCUUCCUCGCCGGCGACAGCGCCGGCGCGAACAUCGCGUAUAAUGUGGGGUUGAGAGUGAAAUCACUGGGCGUCGGCAUCAAGGGUUUGGUAUUAAUACAGCCGUUUUUCGGCGGCGAGGCGCGGACGCGGUCGGAGAUGUGCAUGGCGCAGCCACCACGGUCGGCGCUGACGCUGGCGGCGUCUGACGCGUACUGGAGGAUGGCGCUGCCGGUGGGGGCCGGGCGCGACCACCCGUGGUGCAACGCGGGAUCUGCGGCGGAGCUGCGGCGGGCGGGGGCGGCGGUGAUGGUGUGCGUGGCGGAGGCGGACAUAUUGAGGGAUCGGAAUUUGGAGUUUUGCGGCGGUUUGGCGAGGGAAGGGGUGAGGGUGGAGCAAGUGGUGAGUAAAGGCGUUGGCCAUGCAUUUCAGAUUCUGAAUAAGUCGCAGUUGGCGCAAACGCGACUUCAAGAGUUGUUGUGUCAUGUCAAGAAUUUUGUGGGUAGAUGAUAGUGGCCACGUCACCCUUCCUCGUUUGUAAUCGGUAUUCAAGAAGAUAUGAUGAAGUACUUAGAAUUUAUGCCUAACUUUUAGUGUUCGAGAAGCUUUGUGUUUAUGCACAUUCAAUUUGGGGUAUAGUGGAAGAAGCCUUUACAAAAUGACAAAUAACACUCAACUUUCUUUCA